CGCCAUGCGCCUGUACAACCUGCACCCGUUCGGGUCGCAGCAGGUGGCGCCCUGCACGCGGGAGCCCGAGCGCCUGUGCUGCGGGGGCCCCGACGCGCUGUUCGCCGCGGCCGGCCGCCGGGUGGAGGCCUUCGCCGUGGCGGGCCGGGAGCUGUGCCGGCCGCGCUGCGCCUUCUCCGCGCUCGGCUCCGUGCUGCGCCUGCUCUACAGCGAGCCCGGAGACUAUUUGGUAAUGAUUGAGGAGAAGAACGGAGCCACAUUUGUGCGUGCGUAUGCAAACUGGAGGAGAAAAAGAAGUGAGAGUUCCCGAGUGUGCGUCCGGAUGGUGGGCCACAGCGUGGAGGCGCCGCUCAGCGAGGCCUUCAGGGACCAGAUGUCUAUCGUGGAAAUCCCGCUGUCUGAGGUGCCCUUGUGCAUCUCCUGUUGCCCUGUGAAAGGAGACCUCCUUGUUGGCUGCACAGAUCAGUUCGUUUUAUUUACUCUCAAGUAUCAAGUUGUUAGUGAGGAGUUCUCAGUGCUGGACUUCGAACGUGCUCUAGUGAUACACAUAAACAGCAUUACCCCUGUGGAAAUCUCUUUUUGUCUUGGAUAUGUGGCUGUCAUGUCAGACUUAGAAGUCCUAAUCCUAAAACUGGAGUCAGGACCUAAAAAUGCAGAGAGAGUCAACCAUCAUCCACACGGCACCAGCGACACAGUGACCCAGGCAGAAGGACCCAGUAGUGAAACGUCACAGCUUGAAUCAGAUGAUUUUGUUUUCUGCCAAAAGCCCAUGGAACUGCUGGGUGAGAAAAGCAGACAGUCUGGCAUGUCUGUUUCCCUGGAGCCGACGGGGCUGGCUGAGGAGAAAGCGGAGUAUCUGCACAUCCAGCACUUGCUCUAUCGACGCUUCACUCCUGAUAUUUCAUUCUGUGUCUCAUCUGAUGACGUCAGGUUGCAUUCACUCCAGCUGCUGCCUGUUUACCGAACAGGUUCUCCUUCGUCCGAUGGAGAGAAACUGUCUCAGGAAAAAGAGCUGCUGAGUCUCUUCUGUUUUUUCUCAUUGCCUCAUGUCGGCUAUCUCUACAUGGUUGUGAAGUCCGUGGAGUUGAUGUCUGUCUACCAGUAUCCCGAGACGGCCAGGCAGGCCGUCCUCACGCCACAGUUUCUGCACGUCAUCACAAGCAACAACCUGCAGUGCUUCACGGUGCGGUGCAGCGCAGCGGUGGCCCGAGAGGACGACCCCUACAUGGACACCACCCUGAAGGCUUGCCCACCUGUGAGUAUGGAUGUCUGUGCUUUAAGAAUACAGCUUUUCAUUGGUUUGAAAGCCAUCUGUCACUUUAAAAACCACAUCAUACUUCUGACCAAGGCAGACCCUGAGGCCACUGAGGAGAGAAGAGAGUCACCCAAAAGGACUCCUUCUAGGAAAAAUACCAGUGUUCAGAUGAGGAGGCCUCCAGGAGCCGGGCCUGGGUGGAAUGUCUAUAUCGUGGAUACAGUCCCACCAGUGCAGCUCUACAAGGAAAUGGUGGACUACAGUAACACGUACAAGACGGUGAGGACGCAGAGCUGCAUCCACCUCCUCAGCGAGGCUCACCUGCUUAUCAGAGCCGCCCUCAUGGACACCCAGCAGCUGGAGCCCGGCGAGAGAGCAGAGCUCAUGGAAGCGUUUAAGGAGAGCUGUGGGCACCUCGGGGACUGCUACAGCAGGCUUGCUACCCAGCAUGCCCACCUGGCCCUGCCAUACUACAAGAUGUCCAGUUUGUCUCUGGCUGAAGUCCUGGCCCGUGUGGACUGGCCCGAAGAUGAAUCACAGAAAUAUGAGAGGGGAUUAAUCUUUUAUAUUAAUCACUCACUUUAUGAAAACCUGGAUGAAGAAUUAAGUGGAGAAUUAGCAGCAAGAGUGGCUGAGAUGUUUCGAGUGGCUGAGCCGAAGCAACUGCCUCAUAUUCUCUGUAGCCCUUCCAUGAAGAACAUUGACCCCUCGCUUGCCUGGAGCUGCCUGAGGGGCCUGGACACCUGUGGGUUCUCCUCCGUCUUAGUCACCCUGACCAGGGCAGCAGUGGCUCUGAAACUAGGAGAUCUCGACUUGUACAGAAAGGAGAUGCGAAGCCAUACAGAGAUGCAGUUGGUGUGUGGCUUCAUUCUGGAGCCUCGGCUGCUGACUCAACAGAGGAAGGGGCAGAUUGUCCCUACCCAGUUUGCAGCUCACUUACAGGAGACCCAGCCUGGACUGCUGGUGGCGUCCAUCCUGGGCUUGCAGAAGAACAACAAAAUUGGAAUUGAAGAAGCAGAUUCUUUCUUUAAGGUGCUCUGUGGUAAGGAUGAAGAUUCAACUCCUCAGCUCCUGGUAGACUUCUGGGAAGCUCAGCUCGUGUCCUGUCUCCCAGAUGUGGUUCUUCAGGAACUCUGCUUCAAGCUCACAUCACAGUACAUCUGGAGAUUAUCUAAGAGGCAGCUUCCUGACACCACACCACUUCGCACAUCAGAGGAUCUGAUAAAUGCCUGUAGUCAUUAUGGCUUAAUCUAUCCAUGGGUUCAUGUCUUAUCACCAGAUUCCUUAGCUGAUAAAAAUUACAGAGAAGACCUUUCAAAAUUACAGUCUCUUAUAUGUGGUCCUUCAUUUGACAUAGCUUCCAUUGUUCCAUUCUUGGAGCCACUCUUGGAAGACAGUACUGCGGGCCUCAGUAUCCACAUUCUGUGUCACACGCGCCUGCAAGAGUAUGAACAGUGCCUGGACACCCUGCUAGACAGGUGUCCGGAGGCUGUCAUCCCCUACGCUAACCAUGAACUCAAAGACGAGCACCGGACUCUGUGGUGGAAAAAAUUGCUUCCUGAACUUUUUCAGAGAGUGAAGUGUGGUGGAGAGAAGUUCCAGCUUCAUCUGGCAUCAUUAAAAGAGGCCUUGUCUGUCGUUGCUGUGGAGUUGGAGCUGAGGGAAUUUUUGACCGUUCUCCCAGAAGAUGGCGCAGCAGCAUUUUUCUUGCCAUACCUGCUGUACUGCAGUCGAAAGAAGCCACUGACUUGAAGGUAGCAUUUAAAAUCACUGGGUGCCAGGUACAGCUACAAGCACAGGGGGUUUUGUAUCAUGUCAGCAUGUACCAGCCUCAGACAUUUUCCGGACACAAACUUUACCAUGGAGUGGUGACUGUUAGUUCCUUAAUGUAUGUCUGGCUCUGUUUUAUGGUCCAGAAUGUAAAAGCUUCAAGAUAAGAAUUCUUCAAAGAAGCCAUACAUUUUUAAAGGGGGGUGGUGACUUUGCUCAGGACAGCCUCAAUUCAGGGCUGUGAAGACAUGACAAUCUUUCCACCCCGAGGAUGCUUGAAGGAAAUGUGUGUCACUCUAAGUGGCCCAGAAUUUUAUCUGCUCCAAUUCUGAGAUUUCUCUCCUUUUGUUGUUGUUGUUUGUAAUUUUCUUUGAGAAAGAUGUAAAUAUUUUGCCACAGUAAAAGAGUCUGAACUUUUA